AUGCCUUCCACAUACAAGAAGGACAAGCCGUGGGACACGGACGAUAUUGACAAAUGGAAGGUAAGACGGCCCAUCAGCCGUAAAAUUCCCAUCCCGUUCUUCAGCCUAACAAAACCUUUUGAAAAACAGAUCGAAGAUUUCAAACCCGAAGACAAUGUCGCCGGAAACUUCGCCGAAGAAUCCUCCUUCAUGACCCUAUUCCCCAAGUACCGUGAAGUCUAUUUGAAAGAAGCAUGGCCCGCAGUCACCAAAUCCCUCGAGAAGCUCGGUAUCGCCUGCACCCUAGAUUUGGUUGAAGGUAGCAUGACCGUGAAAACCACCCGCAAGACCUACGACCCAGCCGCCAUCUUGAAAGCCCGCGACCUGAUCAAGCUGCUCGCCCGCAGUGUCCCCGUGACUCAAGCGCUGAAGAUCCUCCAAGACGACGUUGCCUGCGACAUCAUCAAGAUCCGCAACCAAGUGGCCAACAAAGAGCGCUUCGUGAAGCGGCGCCAGCGGAUCCUGGGUCCCAACGGGUCCACCCUGAAGGCAUUGGAGCUGCUCACAAGCACAUACAUCCUGGUGCAGGGUAACACCGUUGCGGUGAUGGGCCCGUUCAAGGGCCUGAAGGAGGUGCGCCGGAUUGUCGAUGACUGCAUGGCCAAUAUCCACCCCAUCUACCAUAUUAAGGAGCUUAUGAUCAAGCGCGAGCUGGCGAAAGACCCGACGCUGGCGAAUGAGUCGUGGGACCGGUUCUUGCCCAACUUCAAGAAGAGGACUCUGUCUAAGCGUCGCGUUCCGCAUCACGUUACCGACAAGUCGAAGAAGGUGUACACACCCUUCCCGCCCGCGCCGGAGAAGAGCAAGGUCGAUCUCCAGAUCGAGUCUGGCGAAUAUUUCCUUUCCAAGGAGGCUAAGGAUCGCGCUAAGAAGGAGGAGGUUAUGGAGCGCCAGCGCUUGAAGCGCGACGAGAAGAUGCGUGAGCGGGAGAAGGACUUUAUUGCGCCGGAGGAGACUACUGCUGUGGAUGAAGAGAAGAAGAAGAAGAAGGAGAAAAAGGAAAAGAAGGAGAAGAAGGAGAAGCGGAAGCGCGAGGCGGAGACUGAUGGAGAUGCAGAUGGCGCUGAGCGAAAGGAGAAGAAGAAAAAGAGGAAGAGCAAGUCCAAGGACGCCGACUCCGACGAAGAAUAA